CGCAACUGCCGUCUCGUAAUCAUCGUUUAAAGUUUGAGAUGUUUUGGAUUAUAUCCGGAUUAUAAAAAAAAUUGAAGUAUCAUAAAAUAAUGUGGUAUUUAACGUCUUCUCGUAAAGGAAAAUAGUUAUUACUACUCUCCUUGUGGCAAGAGAAAGAUACACGGAGAAAGGUGUUUAUUUAUACAAGAAGAAAAUGUCAUGACAGUUACGCGGUGUCGUUAAACGGAUGAUUUACGACGCGCGACAUCGAGGGGAAUGUUCUUUUUCGUCCUUGCAUGUUAUUACUGAUGCCGUUUCACGCAAUGUAUGGUUUUCGUCAAUAUUAUACCGUCACCGAGACAUUCCGGGCUGGACUGUCUUCCCUCUUCCGUCGAGAUGUACAGAAUCAAUUCUCGAAGAGUGCAGCUGAAUUUGUCAUAAUCGUACCGCGACAGCUGAUCGCGACUGCAAAAAUUCACAAAGAAGAGAUGCAGACAUUCAUAUAAUGAACUACGUCACUGAUAUAGCAAUGAAUAUGAUAAUUGGGAACGUCUUACUUAUCCUGCUUCAACUGAUCGUUCAUGAAAGCCAAUCAGAAACAAUAAUAACGGCGUAUGAUGACUUCGGUUUGUCGCCGAUCGAUCCAGAGAUCGCUGACAGCAUCGAUUGGAAACGUCACGCGUGUCGACGAACGUGCAAGGAUGGCGCGGCACCUCUGGACUGCUAUUACACCUUCAAGCUGGAGUCUUAUUACGCGAUGAGCAAAGCUUGUUACGACUGCCCCUUCAAUAUCACAGACUGUUUUCGACCUCAUUGCAUCCCGGCGGAUGGCGUGAAGCGAUCUCUCUUGGUCGUGAACCGGCAAUUGCCAGGCCCGCCGAUCGAGGUAUGCCAAGGUGAUAGGAUAAUAGUCGAUAUGAUCAACUUGUUGCACUCGGAGAGCACCACGAUGCAUUGGCACGGCCAGCAUCAUCUCGCCACGCCUUAUAUGGACGGUGUACCCUAUGUAUCACAAUGUCCUAUUCCUCCCGGAGCGAUCUUCCGAUAUAAUUAUAUUGCCAGCGAAGCCGGGACGCAUUUCUGGCACUCGCAUAUAGGAUUUCAGAGAGGCGAUGGCGUAUUCGGUUCGUUAAUCGUUCGUGUACCUCCUAAAGUUGACUGGCACGAUGAUCUGUAUGACUACGAUGAGCAUACUCUAAUAGUCGCCGACUGGGUUCACGAGCUGGGUCUUACCAAAUUUCUAGCACAUCGUCACGCGGACGGUGAUAACAAAGCACCCAAUUUACUUAUAAACGGUCUGGGUCGUUUCACUUCCGUCGACGGUGAAAACGAGACAUUGGCUGAUAUGCCUAUUUCAAUAUUCGUUGUGAAACCGAAUUUUCGGUACAGAUUCAGGCUUAUUAACGCGGAGUUCCUUAACUGUCCAAUAGAAGUUUCCGUCGACAACCAUACUUUAUAUGUGAUCAGCUCAGAUGGACGUGAUAUUGAACCAGUACAAGCCGAAUCGCUAGUGAGUUAUGCCGGCGAGAGGUUUGAUUUCAUAAUCGAGAUGAACCAACCGGUGGAUAAUUAUUGGAUGAGAUUUCGAGGACUAAUGGAUUGCGAUGAGAGAUUUUUAAGCGCUUAUCAAGUCGCAAUACUUAGAUACGAAGGAGCGCCCGAGGAGGAGCCGGAGGUGGAAGUUACAUAUGAUCGUGUACGGAAUGAUUCCUAUGGAUUGCAAGUGAACGCUCUAAAUGAAGGAACUGAAUCGAAUAAUAGUAUCAGUAUCCCGAUGUUGACUGCAAUGGACGACGAUGACGUGUCGAAUACCAAAGAACCGGAUUAUCAGUUUUACAUAUCAUAUGAUUUUUACGCGAAAGAUAAUCCACAUUUUCACCGCAAGAAUCUAUAUGGCUUCCAUCAAGUUAAAGAUACAAAACAACGUUUGUUUACACCGCAACUGAAUCACAUAUCAAUGAAGCUACCGCCAUUUCCAUUGUUGCCCGAAAGAAACCUUAUUAAGCCGAAUCAGUUUUGUAACUCUAGCACGGUCGAGGGAUGCGAGACUGAUUACUGUGCUUGUACUCAUGUACUUCAGGUGAAAAUUAAUAGUGUAGUGGAACUGCUAUUGAUCGAUGAAGGUGUUCCGUACGACGCGAAUCAUCCGUUUCACCUUCAUGGUUAUCAGUUCCGCGUCGUGGCAAUGAAAAAGAUAGGAAGUAAUAUCACGGCCGCUGAAGUAAAGGAAUUAGACAGGCAAGGUUUGAUAAACAGAAGUCUCACGCGAGCACCUUUGAAGGACACAGUGACCGUGCCCGACGGUGGUUACACCAUCGUGCGAUUUCACGCCAAUAACCCAGGAUAUUGGCUGUUUCAUUGUCACAUUGAAUUUCACGCGGAGAUAGGAAUGGCCCUGAUCUUCAAGGUAGGCGAAGAUGAAGAGAUGCCGCCAGUGCCUCGUAAUUUUCCUAAAUGCGGUGAUUGGAAACAAAUGGACGAUCAGAACGAAGGUAACUCAGAGGCCACUACAAUUUCAACGUCAACCGCUGGAAAGGAAUUAAAAGAAAAUAACCGAGUUAUGGAUGCAUUAGAACAUCUCUUGAGAUAUAUGGCGUAUUUUGAGCAACUUCUGAAAGUACAAAUGACUUCUUCGGCAUCGAAUUCAACUGUGACAUUGCUACUUUUGUCUUUUGAAUUCUGUGCGCUCUUUAUGACACACGUAUCCAUGUAAAUAGUAAUAGCAGAUUAUAAAAAUAUUAUUAUAAGGAAUACUUGCAGGAACAAAACAAUAUAAAUGAGCUAGAGAAUAAUAAGUAAUAGACGAUUUUUUCGUCGCGACUAACAUAAGUAUUAUAAAGUAUUAAUAUUUAUAAAAAGUAUAUAUACUAUUUACAUUUUUUUAUUAUUAAUUGUCAGAUAUGUUGCGAUAAAGGCAGUCUAGUCAGUCGCGCUUAGCUGACGAGUUUGAACUAAAAUUUUAAAGAUAUAUUAUGCGACUAUUGUAUAUUAAUUUUAAGUGAAUAAGCGUACAUUAUAUCAGCAACAUCAGUGACUUAUAUUACUAUGAUAAAAAAGUAUAUUAUAGUUAUUUUAUUAGACUAUUGACUACAUCACUCAGCAAUGCAUACAAAAUGUCCUGCUUUAAUACCAGUAUUAAUUUUAUUAAUGAAUCGAUUUUGUCCGCGGAAUAAAUUUUUUGGCUGUGUAACUAAUUACACCAGAAACAGGAUAUCCUGAAAAUUAUUGGAGAUGUAUUUGUUACGUCAUUAACCACAUAUUGUGAUUAUAAAUAAUAUAAUAUAUAUAAUAUAUAUAUGUAUACUAACUUAUACAUAUAUAUAUUAUAUAUAAUAUACAUAUUGACUACAUAUUAUAUAGCAUUUAAUUUAAUUAAGAAUUUAUAAUUGCGUUAUUAGCGGAAUGAAUAAUGUUUCUUUACCGGAAUGUAUGUGUCUGUAUUUAUAUUUCUAUCGAAUAUGUAUCAUACUUUUAAAUAUGUACAGUAAUAUUCGAGAAAAAAAUCUUCAUAUAAAAACUAUUGAUAUCUCGAUGCUUUUAUUAAAAAACCGAUAAUAUUUUGUAACAUUUAUAAAAAUAAUUGCAGAAUGUGUUUACUGUAUUCGUUAUAUCGUAACUUAAACCCAUUGUACAAGAAUAUAUGGAAAACCUAUUCAAUUUUGUAAAAUUGUUUGUAAUCGAUAUGCAAAUUCAAAUUUGAUUGUGUAAACCCGCACAGAAUCUGACUGAAAUAAAUUCCUACGCGAGAUCAAA